AUGCAGGAGCUAAAAGGUCAAUCUUGUGCCGAUCUGCUGAUAUUGCAGUGGAAACAAGGGACCGGGCGCACACCCAGUUGGCAACAAACUCGAUCGGUGAACUUCCACCUCGAGGACCCAAAUGAUCUUUCUAGUGUUCUUCCUGCCUGGUCAAAGGCGUGUAUCAUCGUUGCCGAUUCAGUUGCGAUUGAGCGGUGUUCACAAUGCCGACAGUCCUUCACUGAUGCGUUUCGUAUGCCUCGAUUUUGGUGGUCAUACUAUUUUCGAAAAGGGAAUGGGGGUUUUGGAUGCGAAAGCACACGGCAUGCUGGAUUGACCACUGGCUUUAAUACUUGGUCCAAGUUCGCGGUGAAAAUGGUAGAACAAGAUACUAGAUUCAGAUGGUAUCAUACUAAUAUCUUCACCCGAUGGCUGCCCUCAACAAAACAAACCGUGGUCCUCGCCUUUGAUCUCGAUCCACCAGUCAAAGAACGCUUUCUGAGAGCGGCGAUGAAUCCAGACGAAACCUGGCUCAACGAUCCAUUCUGGGUCUAUCCAUAUCUAGUCGAACAAAUUGCUCUUACUCAGGAGCCCGCUGUUUGGGGUAUUCGAGACCAUGUCCGAGGGAUGGAGACAGAAGCAAAACCAGAAGGCAGACCCCAGCCUGACUACCGACGCCUCCAUGAUAUCGCCCGACAUGCGAUUCAUGUGAAUGAAACACUCGACGUUGCUCUUAAAAACUUGGAGCAUAUAUUGACACAUCAUGAGGACUUUAUGAACCUAAAGCCCGAGAAUGCCUGUGUUGCUUCCGAAGAUAUCCACUCUCGUCUGCGAUCCUGGGAGUCAUUCAUCAGCAAUCUUCGAUUUCGAUCCAUCUCAAACGAAAAGAGAUUGCAAAAUGAGAUUCAGCUCGCAUUCAAUACCGUGGCGCAGCAUGAUGCCGGCGUAACACUUGAGAUUGGCCGGGCAACACAAAUAGACAGUGCUACCAUGAAGACCAUCGCCUUCGUGACACUUACAUUCCUCCCUCCUACGUUCAUCUGUGCAAUCUUCAGCAUGUCAUUUUUCGAUUACGGUAGUGACUCUGGCUGGACCAUGUCAAGCAAAUUUUGGAUAUACUGGGUGUUCGCCAUACCAACCACGGUUUUCACAACUCUUGUAUGGACUUACUGGCCCGAUAUACGUCGCAUGCUGUUUUCGAAAGAUGAAUAA